CUUUGUUUAUUCCUUCUCCCCUCCGCUAUUCCCAAUUUCCUCCUGCAAAAAUGGCAUAUUUUCUCCCUUCUUUGAGACCCUUUACAGAGAUCUAAGCUCCAUCGCAAUCUCCACAUCUUCAUCAGCUCAAAGAAGAUGAUGCGAGCUAGCAAGAAGUCCACAUCUAAGCUCCAAUUUUGAAGGUUUCGUCCGCGGCAGCCGGCGGCGAGUGGGAGGUCCGGCCGUGCGGGAUGCUGGUUCAGAAGCGGAGCCAAGAAUCAGAAUCCGCAUCCAAACCGGCUCCGGCGAUCCGGGUGCUGGUCAAGUACGGAUCCGCUUAUCACGAGAUCUGUGUCAACUCUCAAGCCACCUUUGGGGAACUGAAGAAGCUGUUAUCGGGUCCAACGGGUCUACACCCGUUAGAUCAGAAGAUACUGUACAAAGACAAGGAGAGAGAAUCCACAGCGUAUUUGGACACCGCCGGCGUUAAAGAUAAAUCGAAGCUCGUCGUGUUAGAGGAUCUCAAAGCUCAGGCUAAACGAUGUCUUGAAAUGAGGCGAGCUGUGAAAUCUGAGCAGGCGUCGAAAUCUAUCAGUUGCCCUUAGAAUUGCAGUCGUUUGUUUCACUGUGAUUAUAAACUUUUCCAAAAACAGUUGUAAAAAUGGGUCAGAUUUGUGAAAACAACUUGCGUCCACGAGAACUGCAAGUCAUCUUUUGUAAAGAUUACUCAUUUGCUGUAGUAGCGGCAAAAAUAAACAGUUCUAAUUGCAACUGUCUUUUGCAAAUUGUUGCUUUACCAUUUUCUAUGGACCAAGCAGCCUGGUGGAAGUCAGGAGUAGUUUUCCUUAUCUGCUUGUUAAUAACAAGAAUAGUGUACUAAACAUAAACAGUUUUUAAUUGCAACUGUCUUUUGCAAAUUGUAGCUUCCAUGUUUGUUAAGAAAUGCUGUUAUUUUUAUUGGAAAACACUGCAAAUUAUAAAAAAGAGCAUAAAACAGUUUUUAAUUGUAUAAUUGUGGGAUUGUUUGAGAACCUUUUUUUCGAUAUGCAGAUAGAGCAUUACCUUCAGGUUGUGAAAACCGAGUUGGUAUCACAAAAACAUUACCAAGAAUUUAAACUCCUUGAGGACUAUGAAUAUACUGCCCAUAGCAGUUUAGUGCACAGCCUGGAUGUUCCUGUGGCCAAGUUUCAUUUUGAGCCUUCUCCAAUGCAGGUUCGUAAUAA